GCAGAGGCGGGGCGCUGGCCGCGGCCGUGCGGGCUCGGAGCGUGCGGCCGCCGCAGCCCGGCCCGGCCCGGCCCGGCCUCGCUCGGGGGCACCCGCGGCCGAGCGGGGCCAUGCGGGGCCGGGCUCCGCUCCCGCUGCUCCUCCUGCUCCCGCUGCUGCUGCUGCUGCUGGGCUCGGCGCGGGCCGCGGCCGCAGAAACUUCUCCCCCCUUACCAGCCCCUGAAAAUGUGGAGGUUUAUUCCUACAACUUCCAGAGUUUGCUGAGGUGGUCUCCUGUGCCAGUGGAGAAUGGCACAGUGUUGUACACAGCCCAGUACAGAACAAGGUCCUACGACGCCUGGAGCGGGAUGGGCUGCGCUCAGAGCCCCCGGACGUGGUGCAGGUUCCCCCCCGAGCUGCGGCGGCGGCGCUGGACCGUGCUGCUGCGCGUGCGGGCCGAGCUGGGCACACGGGCCUCGCCCUGGGCCUUCACCCCGCCCUUCGUGGCACAGAGCAACACCAUUCUGGGCCCCCCCAGGGUGAACAAUGUCAGUGCCAGCCCCGACUCUCUGCUCAUCAGUGCCAGCCCCCCCUUCUCCCCCGAGCCUGGGGACCUCCUCCAGUACCUCGUGUCCUACUGGGAGAACAGCACCAGUGCCACACAAAAAAAGCUAAGUGAAAGCAAGACACUAUUCCAGCUUGGAAAUCUGAAGGAGUCAACACUUUAUUGCUUCAGCGUUCGCGUGCGGUUGAAGAUCUACUCAGGUCACCUGCUGGAAGGGCAGCCAAGUGUCCCCGAGUGCCACAGGACUGCCCUCAGUGAGGCCACCCGAGCUGGGUUCAUCAUCCCCCUGUGUGUCCUGGCCUUGGUGCUUGUGAACCUGGUGGUGGCUGCUCUGCUGUGCCUGUGGAAAAAGCACCAACAAAUCAAAUUCUGGGCUCAGCCCCCUCUGCACAUCCCAUCCCACUUCGAGGAGUUCCUGAGGAACCCUGGCUCGGCUGGCUUGGAGGAGCUGUACCCUCCUGCUGAGGAGGAGCCCCAGGCUCUUGUGCUUGGAGCAGGGAGUGGCCAGGGAGAGGAUCCUUCCCCCAACACCUCCAGGGCCAGGGCAGCCACUGGAGGGCCACCCCAGUGAGUGCCACCUGCCCCAGGCUGGCCAGAGGCUGCUCCGUGGUGUGGCUGCUGGAUCACAGCAACAUCCUGAACGUGGAUCCUGGGAUCACAGCAACAUCCCCUGGAUCACAGCAACAUCCUGAACGUGGAUCCUGGGAUCACAGCAACAUCCUGAAUGUGGAUCCUGGGAUCACAGGAGCAUCCCUGGGAUCACAGCAACAUCCUGAACGUGGAUCCUGGGAUCACAGGAACAUCCUGAACGUGGAUCCUGGGAUCACAGCAACAUCCUGAACGUGGAUCCUGGGAUCACAGCAACAUCCCCUGGAUCACAGCAACAUCCUGAAUGUGGAUCCUGGGAUCACAGGAACAUCCCCUGGAUCACAGCAACAUCCUGAAUGUGGAUCCUGGGAUCACAGCAACAUCCUGAAUGUGGAUCCUGGGAUCACAGGAACAUCCCCUGGAUCACAGCAACAUCCUGAAUGUGGAUCCUGGGAUCACAGGAACGUCCUGAACGUGGAUCCUGGGAUCACAGCAACAUCCUGAACAUGGAUCCUGGGAUCACAGGAACAUCCCCUGGAUCACAGCAACAUCCUGAAUGUGGAUCCUGGGAUCACAGGAACGUCCUGAACGUGGAUCCUGGGAUCAUAGAAACAUCCCUGGGAUCAUAGAAACAUCCCUGGGAUCACAGGAACAUCCCAGGGACCACAGGAACAUCCUGAACGUGGAUCCUGGGACCACAGGAACAUCCCAGGGACCACAGGACCAUCCUGAACACAGCCCCUGAUGCUCCAGGGGCCUCUGCCCAGCUCCCUGCUCUGCCAAAAGCACUGGGAGGUGGAAGGUGGAAGGGAAAGGAAAGGAACACUAAACUGCCUGAAGACAGGUGGAUAAAAAGGAAAAUUCCCACCCCAGUUUGGAGGAAUAACUGCACUUUAUUGAUGUGGGAGAACCUGGGCUUUUUCAGGGAGCUGCAAUGUGAACUCCAUUUAUUCUGCUUUGGUUUCUGUUGGCAAUAACACUCCCAGUCUGCUUGCCUGAGUCAUCUGAAGUGCGGGACAAACUGAAAAGGAACUUCUGGGUACUUUCCUCGGGGUGAAGCUGUGCCAAGGGCCCCUCCCAGAGAGGUUUGCUCUUAUCUGCCCCUGCCCCCCUCCUGGAAGCAUUAAUCUGCUGCUGCAGCCAGGCCAGCCCUGCACACCACAAGGACCUGCAGGGAAUUCUCUCCCAGUUUUCCCAGCGUUUGUCACUCACUGUCACACACUAAAACCUCUGCUGAGCACCAGCACAAGAGAAGCUGACUGAGAGUUCUGGUUUUAGUGCCUUAAAGCAGAAGAGCUCAAGUUGAACCCCACGUCACCCCCUGUGGGGUGUGGAGUGGCCAGUAAAGCACAAAGGACAAUGAACCUCUUCUGUACUAAAAAAAAAUGGGGUUAUUUGAUUUUUUUCCCUAGGUUUGAUACAAAUUGUUUAAAAAAAUGUGGGAUUUUUGAAGGUGCCUGCUUGGAGGCCCCUGGCAGAGCUGAGGUGCCACUGUUCCAGCCUUUCCAGGAACAGCCCAGGCCAGCAAUGCCAGAAGCUCCAUCAGGUGUUCCCUGGCAGAACAGAUCUAAUCCCUUGGGACUGCACAGGCUGCUGCCAAGGGAGCUCCAGGAAAGCCUGACUCAUGGAGGAAUUGCCAGCUCAGCAGCAGGUCUGCUUUAACCACCCACACUGGGGCUGGGAACACAGGGGGAAGCACAGCUCCCAAAAAAGAAAUAAAGUUAAAACCCCCUGGGAAUGUGUGUGUGUGUUUUCCUGAAUAAACCCUGCACUGGACUGGGCUCAGGGAGUGUGGUGCUAAAUAUUUUCACACAAAUUAUUAAAAAGCAUUUCCUGGGAGUGACUCCAGGGUUGUGUCACUCUCCCUGGAGCUUCUCCUCCCCAGGUGAGCACCCCCAGCUCUCCCAGCCUGGCUUGCAGUUCAAGUUCCAAGCCCAGGCACAAGCUCCUGGCACUGGGAGGAGUUCCAGGGAUUAGUUCCAGGCCAUGCUCCUUCCUGACUUCCCAAAGAACCCAACAAACAUUCCCAAGCUCCAAGAAACCUGACAGGGCUGGAGCAAAGCCUGCCUUCACUGCGUGGGGCAGGCCCUGUGCAAAGGUGAGUUCCUGUACAGAAUUCAGAGUUUUGAGCUCCUGGGUUCAGUUUUAUUCUGGAAUUCCAAGCACUGAGCACCCAUGGGAUGGGGUUACCCCAGCCAGGGCAGGAGGGCAGCUCCAAACUGGCCCCAGCUCCUGCAGCAAUUCCCACCCAGAGCAGGAGGCAAACAAUUCCCAGAUCCCAGCACAGCAUUUCCACUCAGCUCCUGCCACCACUGAGGCAGCAGCUUGGAGAUGGGGGAGCUGUAAAAUGAUGUAAAAACCACAGAGAACUCGUGAGGACUCACCCCAGCAAAUGGAUCCAAGGGACACUCCAGGGAUAUCAAACAGCCUCAGCCUCACUUCCUGUUUCACUCCACUGAGAUGAAACUGGAUUUCAAGAAUCCAUUCAUGGAAACGGCCAUCAAAUGUAAGAGAAAUACAUUUUAACUGGGGCAACAGCAGCCCUUAAACUGGGUGUGAGUCACUCCUAGAAUUUAUUGAAAUUAUUACAAGGUUGGACUGUGAGCAAUAAAUCCAUCCAUACCCCACUUCCUUUUAAGCAGAGAGGGAAGAAGUCAGGAAAACUCAUUUAUCAGCAAGCAGCUUCCCCUGGAGACAGUGACACUUGCAUGAGUAGCAAGACACUGCUCUGACUCAUUUAUUCUCUGUAUCAAGUACAACUGGCAUCAGUUUGUUGGAGUUUUUUAUUCUAAUAUCAGGAAAUACAUUAAAUACCAACUGGUAUCUCUUACACUGAGCAGCAUGAAAUUAAUUCCAAGGACUGUGGUGCCAGCAAAUGUCCUUUGUGCCAGAGCCAUCACAAGUCAGGAAUACUUUGCUUUGCCAUGCACAACCUGCUGAGUGUAGGGACUUGCUUAAAAACCCAAAACCUUUUACCAAAAGAAGAAGAAAAAAAAAUCUACUUUAUUUUUUACCUGAACAAUAAUAUAAAAUGUUUAAAAUCAGCUCUGAUCCCAGCAGGGCCCCUGCUGUGGGAUGGGCUCUGUCCUGUUUGCUCACUAACUGCUCACGGAAGCCUCGGGCACGGGUGGAGCUGUGCAGGAGGAAGCUGAGGGAAGGCAGGGAUCUGCAGGAGAAAUUUGGAGCUGGAGCUGGAGCAGGAAAGCCUGGCAGCCUGCCCUUCCCUUGGAAAUGACAGAUCCUGUCCUGUCUGGGACAUAUUCCCACGUGUGUCCUGGCACAGGAGGAGCUUCGGACAGAGCCUGGAAUCGUCUCAGUCCCACCAGGCUGGGAAGCAAACCAAGGACAAAGGACUGGGAAUUAUCUACAGACAAGAACCACGGGGCAGCUGUGCAGCUGUGCAGCAGGGAGCUCAGCCCCACAGCUCUUCUGUUCUCCCAAACUUGUAGAUCAGGGUGCUGA